CGUGUGAUGGGAAUUAAACCCGGGUCACUGGUACUGUAAAGCGUUGUGCUAACCACUACACUACCGUGUGAUGGGGAUUGAACCCGGGUCACUGGUACUGUAAAGUGUUGUGCUAACCACUACACUACUGUGUGAUGGGAAUUGAACCCGGGUCACUGGUACUGUAAAGUGUUGUGCUAACCACUACACUACCAUGCUGACCCAUAGAAGUAAUUAUUAUCCCUCUUCCCCAUUCCCCUGCCUUCUCGCUGUAACGUUUGAUGCCCUAAUAAUCAAGUACCUAUCAACCUCCACUUCAAAUUCCACAUGAACCUGUUGCAGGAGAAUUAGUACCUACCCAUUCCUUCCCUGAAUACCCUUGGAGGCAUUAGAAUCCUCCCCUGGCAAAUAAUUUUAUCUAUUUUUUUCUCAGUAAGAUUGAGUUAAAAGAGUUGCAGGCAUGUUGUGUUGGUGCUGGAAACAUGGUGACAUGAGUGGGCAGCCCCCAGCAUAUCCAAGACUGUGUUGGUCAUUGAUGCAGAAUGAUGCAUUUCACUGUAUAUUUCAACUUACAUGUGACAAACAAAGGCAAUCUUUAUCUUUAAAUGGUAUAGUUUCUGUUGUUGACUUUCUGCACGUGGGACAGGUCUCCCAAUCAUAGUUACCCACUCCCAUUUUCAUCCUUCAAGCAGGUAUCAGAAUUAGGCUUAGUAUCACUGGGGGAGGUGCUAAAAUGGCAAUUUCAUCAGGCUCAUCAGUGAAACAGAGUAAAUUGCUGCCUUUAAUGUCUCUCUUUUUCCUUUUCAAGGUGGUCGGGAUCCUGACAGAGUCGUGAUCUAUAGCUGCACUCCAACUGUGGUUCUUCAUGGCAGUGGGUUCCUGCUCUCAGAGCUCGCCGACCAGCUGAUAGUUCAAGAUGCGGGUUGGAAGAUAUGCACCUUAUACACUCAAGUGAUCUCUCUCACGCUCUCUCUCUCUCUCUGGGAGAGACGACUGGUUCUGAAGUUGGCUGAAGAAUCUGACUACAAUUGAUCUGGGAUGGGCGCCUGCCAGGGGCAGCAGAGCUAACGCACGGUGAGCCCUUUCUAUCUGUAGGCCUUUUACGUCUGGUAUAUCAAGAUUCUCUCUAAGCAGCUUCUCCACGAAGGGAAUCAUCAAUGCGGGUUUACCUUCAGAUCCUUCGGGAACGCCGUAGAUCCUCACAUUUUCCCUUCUUGAGCGGCUUUCUUGGUCUGUUAGCUUCCACUGGAGCUGCUCUUGCAGCUUUAGCAUUAUUUCUAUCACUUCCUCUGCUUUUUGCAGCCUCUCCUCAGUCGCUACAAUCCUCGCUUCAGCUUUGUCUAACCUCAAAUUAGUGUUUACUAUUUCUCCUUUAAUAUCUUCCAAUUGUUUCCUGUCGUCGGAACUCGCGAAUCUGUCUGAGAAUCAAAGUCAAAUUCACUGAUUCUUCCUCAUUAUCUCCGUCAGGCUAGCGGUGGGGGAGCUAGGCCCGUCGUCUCGCUGCGUCUCUUUGUUUUUAUCAACCUUCUGAGCGGACUUUUUACUCUUGUCCUUAGCCAACAUCCAUGCUCCUUUUAUUAAUAUAGUUAUUCAGUUUUAAAUAUUUGUCUAAUUUCGGCUUUGGGGCAGUUUACCUUUUUUGUCGAGAGACCUUUCCCUACGCCACUAUUCCCUUGAUGACCUGGAAGUCCAUCCCUCAUUCUUCAUUUUUAAGUAAAUAUUCAACGUACCCAUUUUAAAUCUGUGAUUGGAUCCCUGAACCUGCUCUUCCCUCACGCUACAACAGUUCCAGCAAUCAGGGUUCAAUUCCCACCACCGUCAGUGAGGAGCUUGUACGUUCUCCCUGUGACUGUGAGUAUGUUCUCCCCGUGGGUUUCUCUUGGUGCUGCAGAUUCUUCAUUGCCAACAAAUCCAAAGACUUACGGCUCAGGGUUAGUGAGUUGUGGGCACACUUCGCUGGUGCAGGAAGUGUGGUGACACUUGUGGGCUGCCCCGGCACAACCUAGAAUGUAUUGUUCGUUUAUACAAAUGACUCAUUUCACUGUAUAUUUUGAUUUAUAUGUGACAAAUAAAGCUAAUCUUUGCUGUUGUUUACCUCCUGCAUGUGGGACAGGUCUCCCAAUCAUAGUUACCCAGUCCUGUGCUCCUCCUUCAAGCAAGUAUCAGAAUCAGAAUCAGGUUUAAAAUCAUUGGCAUAUGUCAUGAAAUUUGUUGCUAUGCAGCAAUAAUAAAAACUGAAUUACAAUGAGAGAAAAUAUAUAGUUACAUUAAAUAAAUAGUGCAAAAAUAGAAAUAAAAAAGUAGUGAGGUAGUGUUUGCGGGUUCAAUGUCCAUUCAGAAAUUGGAUGUCGGGGGAAAGAAGCUGUUCCUGAAUCAUUGAGUGUGUGUCUUCAGUCUCCUGUACCUCCUCCCUGAUAGAAGAGGGAUGUCUUGAGAGAUGGGGGUCCUCAAUGAUGGUCACUGCCUUUCUGAGGCAUCACUCUUUGGAGAUGUCCUGGAUACUACGGAGGCAGACUGAUGAUGGAGCUGAUUAAGUUUAAACUCCCUGCAGCUUAUUUCGAUCCUGCACAGUAGGCAUCCACACUCUGCACCCCCCCCCCCCCCCGUACCAGAUGGUGAUGCAGUCAGUUAGAACAGUCUCUAGGGUACCAAACACGCAGUGGCUAGAGAACCUCUUCCAGCAAACGUCUGUUACGAAAUCUGCUCACAGCUUACAGUCAUGGCUAGCCUUUAUUUCAUCAUAUUUCAUUUAGCAAUAAAAUAGACCCUUCUGGCCUACUGUGGCAUGCAACCCAGCAAGCCACCGAUUUACCCCUAGCCUAAUCACAGGAGAAUUAACCUACCAACUGGUACACCUUUGGUCUGUGGGAGGUCCUGGAGGUGUCCCAUGCAGUCACAGGGAGAAUGUCCAAACUUUCUUACAGAGGCCAUGGAACUGAACUCGAAACUCCGAUGCUCUGAGCUGUAAGGGAUCACACUAACUGCUACCAUGUGCCCGUAUCCAUCGCUGUGUGGAGAUAUGCAUUCUCUCUGUGACGGUGUGGAUUUCUCCUGGAUGCCCUCAUUUGUUCAAACAUCCUGAGUCUGUGUCAGUAGGUUCACAAACAGAGAAAAUCCACAGAUGCUAGAAAUCCAAGGCAAAACACACAAGAUGCUGGAGGAACUGAGCAGGCUAGGCAGUGUCCAUGGAAAUGAAUAAACAGUCGACAUUUCAGGGCGGUUCCCUUCAUCAGGACUGGUAGGUUAUUUGCUUACUGUAAGUUGACCCCAGGGUAGAUGAGUGGUAAGGAAUUGAUGGACGUGUGAGAGAGAACAGAUCAGCUGGAAGUACAUGGGGUGUAAGUGAAUACUCUAAUGGGCCUCCUAAGCUUUGAGAAAUAUUGUUCCAUUUACAACUAACUAUCCCCUGAAAUGGGUGGCAGGAUGGAGAUAAGUCUCUACCAAAGGAUGUGUAAAGUGUUCCUUCCCUCCGCUAGCCUGCAAGUUACUUUAGGCCUGCUUAGCCCCCAUCCUCGCCCCACCAUCCCACACCCGGGUCACAUGAAGCCCUAGGAGCAGGUGGUCAUUGGUCGUUUGAGCAGCUGGUGCAUAUCACAAGUCCUGGUUAUGUGACGACUGACGCCAGGCAGACAAUCUCUGAAGAGUAUUGAUAAUGGCUGGAGUCACCCGUCUUGUAAAGACACUGCCUGGAAGAGGCCAAUAAUGAACGUAGAAAAAUUAGCCAAGAACUAUUAUGGUCACCAUGUUUGCAACAUCAUAUGAAUGGCACGUAAUGAUGGUGUCAUAUGACAGGGCAUAUAAUGAUAAUAGUGCCCCCGAAAGGUGUCACACAAUGCUGAGUGCAGUAAAGGGUUAACAUCAAGUUUAUUGUGCACAAGUACAGUGAAGUACGUGAAAAUUCAUACUUGCUUGCAGCAACAUCAUUGUUACUUGGUCAGGAAGAACAAGGACUACAAGAAUAUGGACUUGAGGAAAACACACACCAGUCCUUAUUGAGGGGUCAGCAGUGGAAAGGGUGAGCAGCUUCAGAUUCCAGGGGUCACCAUCUCUGAAGAUCUAUCCUCGCCCCUAACAUAUUGAUGCAAUUACAAAGAGGGCGCAUUGGCAGCUAUAUUUCAUUAGGAGUUUGAAGAGAUUUAGCAUGUCAUCAGAAACUCUGACAAAUCUCUACAGAGGUGCCAUGGAGAGCAUUCUGAUUGGCUGCAUUGCCAUCCGGAAUGGGGUGGGGGGUGGCUACUGCACAGGAUCAGAAAAAGCUGCAGAGAGCUGUAAACUCAGCCAGUUUCAUCAUGGGCGCUAGCCCAUUCCGCACCACGGACAUUUCCAAAAGGCAGCGCCCACUAUGAAGCUCAGUCACCUUCCGGGACAUGCCCUCUUCUCAUUGCUACCAUUAGGGAAAUGGUACAGGAGCCUGAAGGCACACACUCAACAUUUUUGGAACAGCUUCUUCCCCUCGGCCAUCCGAUUUUUGAAAGGGUCAUAGAGUCAUAGAAAUGUAAUGGAUAUUGGCACAUUUAGUUCACGCCGAACCAUUUAAACUGUCAGCAUGAGCCCAUGAACCCAUGAAUAUUAUCUCACUAUUUUGAUCUCUUUUUGCAUUACUUAUUUAUUUUUUAUAUUUCUUAUUGUUACUUACUUUUUAUGUAUUACACUCAUUGACCAGAAAGAAUGCCAAUCGGUGAACAGGAAUGGAGGCAGGCAUUUUGUGAGACUGUCCAUGUAGCCGCCAUUUUGUGAACUGUUUGAUGAACUGAUGCUUGCCCUGGGGUAACUUAAUCAGAGCAGUUGAAAGUGGGCACAGAGAGUUUCUGCGAAUGAUCAUUCUCAAGUAAGGACAUGCCCAUUGUGUAACACGGCAGGUUUGAGUAAGUAAUCUCGUCAUCUGGGCCCAGUGUCUGGGUGACGCUGUUUGAACCGCCCAGAGUGAAAAGAACAAAAGUUCUUGAUUUAUGAGAUUGUAGGCGAAGGCUAUAAAACAAUAUUGCUUGUUACCCUGGGCUACAUGCAAUGGGGAUUUAACACAGGUUAGUCAGAUGAACCUGAGCCAACAAGAUUGAAAUGCAACAUUUGAACUGAUAAAGAUGUUUAAAAGUAAGAAGCUUCGAGGGAAAGCAUAGAAACAUAGAAAACCUGCAGCACAAUACAGGCCCUACUGCCCACAAAGCUGUAUCGAACAUAUACUUAAUUUGGAAAGUACCUAGGGUUACUCAUUGCUCUCUAUUUUUCUAAACUCCAUGUACCUAUCCAGGAGUCUCUUAAAAGACCCUAUUGUAUCCGUCCCCACCACCGUCACCGGAAGCCUAUUUCAUGCACUCAACACUCUCUGCAUAAAACAAAACUUACCCUGAUAUCUCCUCUGUACCUACUUCCAAACACCUUAAAACUAUGCCCUAGGUUAGCCGUUUCAGCCCUGGGAAAAAGCCUCUGACUAUCCACACACAAAGCAGUGACAACUCUCCGGAGACUAAGCCUCACGGAUGUUGAGGACCCUGAGCCGGACACGUGGGGUUCACAUCGGGAUCACGAGGAACACCUGGCCAGCACAGACUCUUUUUCUUUGACUGUCCAUGGAGGAUCAGGGAAACCUAGCGAGCAUGCACACAGUUAGUUAGCUUGUGAGCCCGUGCACUUUUUAGCUGAGACAAUGAAGGCAUUUGUCAGUUAGUACAGAAUCUCUCAUUGCCGAACUGAAUGCUAUUAUUAAGGGGACGUCCUUGUAACACACUGUACUGCUGCCACAAAUGAAAAGAAUUUCACGAUCUGUCACUGAUAGUAAAUCUGAUUCUAAUUCUGAUGUAGAUUAGGUACAACAGUUCUGAUUUCUGCAGCUAAGUUAUUUCAUAGCAGUUGACAUUUUAAUUUCCAAGAUCAUUUUGAAAAUGAUGGUGGAUGGUUCUGCAAGUCCAGGACUACAUAGAAACCAGACUGGUUAAGCAUUCUUUGUUCCUGGACACCUUUGUAGUUAGUUACCAUCACCAUUUUUAUUCCAGACCCACUUGGUUAUUUGAACUUGCCUGCUGGCUUGCUUUAAUCCGUAAGAAUAAAUUUCCUCAGGACAGAACUUUUAAAAAGAAAAAUAACACAGUGAAUGAAGGUAAAUCAGAAAUUAAACCAGAAGUUGGUGAGAAAGGUAAGGAGGAAGGAAAACCUGUGAAGGAAAGACAGUUUGGUCCCAUUUGUAAUUACUUUAAGAAAGCUGGUCAUGUAAUAGCUAACUGUUUCCGAAUGGAAAAAGAGAAGGAAGCAGUCCCAGUUGCUUGUGUGCAACAUACUGAAACACCUGUAAAAUCACAGGGUUUGAUAAACACAAAUGAAGUUUUGUUAGAAUUCAACCAAGUUAAAAAGGGAUAUGAUCAUUUUAUAACUGAAGGGUUUGUAUCCUUGGAAGAAGGAUCGACUCUGGUGCCAAUAAAAAUUCUUAGGGAUACUGAAGCUUCUCAAUCACUGAUGUUAGACAGUGUUUUAAAGUUUAAUGAAGAGUCUGACACUGGUGAGGUAAAUUAUAUACAAGGUGUUGGGAGUGCCUUAUGCCUGUAUAUUUGCAUAAAGUGAAGUUAAAAUCAGGGUUAGUUACAGGACUUGUUAAAGUAGGAUUACAGCCUAGCUUACCUGUGAAGGAUAUUUCUUUAUUGUUAGGUAAUGAUUUGGCAGGUGGACAAGUUUUCCCUGAAGUGCAUUUGACAAUAGAGUCAGAGGAACCACGGAUGGAUUCUAACACAGAUUCUUCCUGUGUUGUAACUCAAGCUAUGGCUAAAAAGAUUUAUGAGCAGAAUAAGGUGACUCGUGACUGUUCAACUCAGGAUUCGACUUUUGAGGAUGUGUCAGAAACUUUCUUACACUCAUUGUUUGAACAAGGUUCUUGGAGUAAGUCUGACGAUGAAGAUUUGUCUCUGUCCAGGAAGGAGAUGAUAGCAGAGCAGAGUAGAGACCCUGAGAUUAUAAAAUUAAAAGAAAAAGCUCUACCAGAUAGUGAAAUUGAGAAGGUGCCAGUAGGAUAUUAUUUUGAAAAAGGAGUGUUGAUGAGGAAGUGGAGAUCGCCUACAAUUCCUGCAAGUGAUGAAUGGAAUGUUGUUUACCAGGUAGUUGUUCCUAAAGUUUAUCAAAAUGAGAUUUUAACUUUAGCUCAUAGUGUAUUCUUGGGUGGACAUCAAGGGGUAAGGAAAACUGUGGACAAGAUUUUAAAACAUUUUUAUUGGCCUGGUUUAAGAAAAGAUGUGGCGAUGUUUUGUAAAACGUGCCAUGCUUGUCAAAUUGUGGGUAAACCAAAUCAAGUUACACCAGUGGCUCCAUUGCAACCUAUUCCAGCUCUUAUAAAAUUCUUUACUUAUUUUGGGUUGCCUAAGGAAAUACAAUCUGAUCAAGGCAGUAAUUUUAUGUCCGGAUUGUUUCAACAGAUAGUUUAUAAAUUGGGAGCUAAGCAAAUCACUUUGUCUGCAUACCAUCCAGAAUCACAAGGUGCCUUGGAAAGGUUUCAUUCUACCCUCAAGAAUGUAUUGUGUGGAAAAUGAAAAUGAUUGGGAUGAGGAUAUACACUUACUUCUAUUUGCAGUAAGGGAAUCAGUACAAGAAUCCUUCGGUUUCAGUCCAUUUGAACUUGUAUUUGGGCAUAGAGUUAGAGGACAUUUAGCCUUAUUAAAAGAACAAUGGAUUAAUAAAGAGAUAUACACUAAUUUGUUACACUAUGUUUUGAAAUUUAAGGACAGAUUACAUAAAGCUUGUAAUUAGCUAGGGAAAAUUUAAAAUUGGCUCAGGAGCAAAUGAAAACCUGGUACAAUAAGGAAGCUAGGAUGAGGACGAUUAAACCUGGAGAUAAGGUGCUGGUUCUUUUCCCAGUGCAAAUGAAUCCUUUACAAGCUAGAUUUCAUGGUCCUUAUGAAAUUGUGUCUAAAAUCAAUUAUGUGGAUUACAUGAUAAAAAUUCCAGAACGCAGAAGGCCAACACAACUUUGCUAUAUAAAUAUAAUAAAGCCAUAUUACGAGAAACAGUUUGCUACUGUGACUGUUGUGGCUAAUGAUAAUGAGUCUGAUCUCACUAGGGACAUAAUGGAUGAUUCAUCUGAAACUCAUUCUAAACCCAACAUUGUUUCUGUCAAGUUACCAAACUCAACCAUUCUGGAAAAUAUUGAUGAGAAAUUAGCACAUUUACAACCAGUGCAGAAACAGCAAAUGAAACAAUUAAUUUUUAAAUAUAAAGAUUUGUUUCCAGACGUUCCUAGAAGAACCACUGUAGCUUCACAUUAUGUAGAUGUUGGAGAUGCCAAACCCAUUAAACAACAUCCAUAUAGGAUGAACAUGGAAAAAUGUGAACUUGCUGAGAAAGAAAUUAAAUAUAUGCUAGAGAAUAAUAUUAUUCAACCUUCUAACUCGAAUUGGAGUUCACCUUGUGUUAUGGUGCCAAAAUCAGAUGGUAGCAUUAGGUUUUGUACAGACUAUAGGAAGGUGAAUGCUGUAAUGAAAACAGAUGCAUAUCCAAUUCCCAGAGUAGAUGAUCGUGUAAAGUGGGAAAAGCAAAGUUCCUUACAAAGAUUGAUUUAUUGAAAGGGUAUUGGUGUGUUCCAUUAACGGACAGAGGUAGAGAGAUUUCUGCGUUUGUAACUCCAUCUGGGUUAUAUGAAUAUAAUGUUCUUCCAUUUGGGAUAAGAAUGCCCCAGGUACUUUCCAGAGGAUGAUGAACUCUGUGAUUCAGGGAUUAAAGGAUACAGAUGCUUAUAUUGACAAUUUAGUGACAGGAAAUGAUACUUGGGAAGCACAUAUUACUGCGGUGGAGAAAUUAUUUAAAAGGCUUUCAAAAGCUAACUUAACUAUUAAUUUAGCUAAAAGUGAAUUCGGAUACGCCACUGUAACUUACCUUGGUUAUGUUGUGGGUCAAGGUAAGGUAGCUGCUGUUCAGACAAAAGUUUGGGCAAUUUUAGAGAUUCCCACUCCAACUGGGAAAAAAACUCUCAGAAGAUUCCUGGGAAUGGUAGGAUAUUAUCGAAAAUUUUGUAAGAAUUUUGCUAAUGUUGCCCUUCCAUUAUCUAACCUCUUGAAGAAGAAUGAGAAGUUUGUGUGGACAGUGCCUUGUCAAGAAGCAUUUGAAAAAUUGAUAACUAUGAUAUGUCAACAACCUGUGCUCAAGGCACCUGACUUUGAAAAACCUCUUUCAUUAGCUGUAGAUGCUAGUGAUGAGGCUGCAGGAGCAGUAUUAAUGCAAAGGAAUGAGGGUAAUGAGGUUGAUCAUCCCAUAGCUUACUUUUCUAAGAAAUUUAAUAAGCAUCAAAGGAACUAUUCAACAAUAGAGAAGGAAUUGUUAUCUCUUGUUUUAGCCUUAGAACAUUUUGAUGUAUAUGUUGGUACAACUCAAAAACCACUUAUCAUUUACACUGAUCAUAAUCCGUUAGUGUUUCUGAGUAAGAUGAAAAACAAAAACAGAAGGUUAUUAAAUUGGCGUUUGAUGUUACAAGAGUACAAUAUUGUGAUAACUCAUAUUAAAGGUAAAGAUAAUGUAAUUGCUGAUUGUCUAUCUUGAUGUUGAAUGUACAAUUUUUUUUUAUGGAGUGAUAUUUUAACAUUUGUAACACUCCUGGGUAAUAAUUUGUCAGUUGAUGUAUGAUAAUACUAUGUAUACUGUGUACAUUGUAAAUUUUGUAUGUUUGUAUUUUUUCGUAAAUAGUUAAUUGUUAAAAUUUUGCUGUCGACAGUUCAAAAUUUAUUUUUUGGAGCAAGGUGUUAUAUACCCAUGGGUAGCUUGUACCUGUCAAGUGACCAUGAUGUAAUUGAAGCUAUGCUGGACAUGAGGUAAUGGUCUUGUGAUGGGGGAAGUGACGUCAUUUUCCUGCCAAUGAGAGGUCAUGUGAUAGUUUUUUUCAACUAGGUAUAAAAGGAGAACCCCACCCUGUGACGUGGGCAGUCCAUGGUUGAAUUCGGUAGUGACUCCACACUGCUGCGUAUUCCAAUGUUAUGACGCAGUUUCAUUUAAAAGUGGAGUUUUACUUUCUGCCUUAAGUCGAAGGUUAUUGCCGGCAACUCUGCUGCAAUACUGCCAGUUAAAAUCAAGUUGGAGAGUGAAGAUUCGUCAAAGUUCGGGAAGCUGAAAGAUUGAAAGGAGUUAAUGUUGAUGGUGAAACAGAUUCGACCUUUGCUUAAUCUUCACAUGAGGGAUUAGUGACCUGUGUCCAUGUUAACUUCUGCUUUGCCAAAAGAGCAGUGAGUUGGAUGCGAAGUUUUGUCAAAGGAAGGUCAGUGCCUUUAAGCCGUUUUAUUUCCUUCGAUCGUAAGUCCUCUGGGGAAUAACAUACUUUGACUGGGAACAGCAGUAACGCCACGAAAGAGAAUUUAUUAUUAAGGAAAGCCUAUCCUUUAACAGACUGUAAAUCAUUUUGGACUUUCUCAUUACUACUUCUGAGAACCGUUUUUGCAUCAUCGCUUUAAGAACUGUUUGAGUUGCCGUAUUGCAGCUGACUGCUGGUUGUUAGUUGU